UUGGUGGCGCGAGCGGACGCUUGGACAGACCUACGGAGGACAGCAGCUGCCGUGGGCCCUGCCAGCCGCGCACGGACCCUCUCCCUGGGGCAUGCUUCGGGAUCGCCGGCGCCCGGCAUCUGGGCCGCUCGCUGAGCUCCCGUGUGUCGCUUGCACGCUGGGAAUCCGAGCCCCGGGGAACCCGAGCCCGGCCUCCGGCCGAAACGCUACAGCGUGCCGGGCGGGGAGGGGGCUGCAGGCCCUAGAUCCGAAGGCAUGGAGCGGUUAGGGGAGAAAGCCAGUCGUCUGCUAGAAAAGUUGAGACUCUCGGACUCCGGCAGCGCCAAAUUCGGCCGCAGAAAGAGCGAAGCGAGCCGGUCUGGGUCUGAUGGGACCCCCGGAGCUGGCAAGGGGCGCCUGAGUGGGUUAGGGGGACCUAGAAAAUCGGGACACCGAGGAGCUAAUGGGGGGCCUGGGGAUGAGCCUUUGGAACCGGCCAGGGAGCAAGGGCCCCUGGACGCCGAGCGGAACGCACGCGGCUCCUUUGAGGGACAGCGCUUCGAAGGGUCCUUUCCCGGGGGGCCGCCGCCCACUCGAGCCUUGCCUCUACCUCCAUCGUUGCCUCCUGAUUUUCGGCUGGAGACCACGGCUCCGGCCCUCAGCCCUCGUUCCAGCUUCGCCAGUAGCUCAGCCAGCGAUGCGAGCAAGCCGUCCAGCCCCCGGGGCAGCCUGCUGCUGGACGGGGCGGGGGCCAGCGGAGCCGGAGGUAGCCGGCCGUGCAGCAACCGAACCAGCGGCAUCAGCAUGGGCUACGACCAGCGCCACGGGAGCCCGCUGCCCGCGGGGCCGUGCCUGUUCGGCCUGCCCUUGACCACCGCUCCUGCGGGCUACUCCUCCGGAGGGGUACCGUCCGCCUACCCGGAGCUCCACGCCGCCCUUGACCGACUGUGCGCACAUCGGCCCGUGGGGUUCGGCUGCCAGGAGAGCCGUCAUUCGUACCCCCCGGCCCUGGGCAGCCCCGGAGCUCUAGUCGGAGCCGUGGUGGGAACGGCAGGGCCUUUGGAGAAACGAGGGGCGCAACCCGGACGACACUCGGUUACGGGCUACGGGGACUGCGCCGCGGGGGCCCGUUACCAAGACGAGCUAACAGCAUUGCUGCGCUUGACGGUGGCUACGGGUGGGCGAGAAGCCGGCGCCCGCGGGGAACCCUCGGGGACUGAGCCGUCGGGUCUGGAGGAGUCUCCUGGUCCCUUCGUUCCAGAGGCCUCCCGAGCCCGGAUGCGGGAGCCAGAGACCAGAGAAGAUUACUUUGGCACCUGCAUAAAAUGCAACAAAGGCAUUUAUGGGCAGAGCAAUGCCUGCCAGGCCCUGGACAGCCUCUACCACACCCAAUGUUUUGUCUGCCGCUCCUGUGGACGAACUUUGCGCUGCAAGGCUUUCUACAGCGUCAACGGCUCUGUCUACUGUGAGGAGGACUAUCUGUUUUCAGGGUUUCAGGAGGCAGCUGAGAAGUGCUGCGUCUGUGGCCACUUGAUUCUGGAGAAGAUCCUCCAGGCCAUGGGGAAGUCCUACCACCCAGGCUGCUUCAGAUGCAUCGUGUGUAACAAGUGCCUCGAUGGUGUCCCCUUCACGGUGGACUUCUCUAACCAGGUGUACUGUGUCACUGACUACCACAGAAAUUACGCCCCGAAAUGUGCAGCCUGCGGACAGCCCAUCCUCCCCUCAGAGGGCUGUGAGGACAUUGUGAGGGUGAUAUCCAUGGACCGUGAUUACCACUUUGAGUGCUACCACUGUGAGGACUGCCGCAUGCAGCUGAGUGACGAGGAAGGUUGCUGCUGUUUCCCCCUUGACGGACAUUUGCUCUGCCACGGCUGCCACAUGCAACGACUCAGUGCCCGACAGCCCCCUACCAACUAUAUGUGAGCUGUGGUCGCUGCUGCCACCGUUAACCACUGUUGAGAAACUCUCUGGCCAGCAGAGGCGAGGAAUGCACUCUGCAAUCCUUGUGAAGAGCUCUCUGGGGAGGCCCCAAAGGCCAGAGACCCAAAGAUCCUAACAUUCCAAAUGGGCUGUGGAGGAGGAGCCUUCUGGCGGCCAGGAGGCUUGACUGGCCUCCCUCGUGUGCAGCCCGUGUCGCGGCAUAUGCUGCGUAGCGCGUUUCACGGGCGGGUUUCGGUACUUUCUGAACGUCAGAUUCUGGUGUAUUUUUCCAGUGUAUGUUUCUGUAUAACUCAAACAAACGGCCCAGUGCUGGAAC